AUGGGCGAUUCAAAAGCUUUAGUUACGGUGAAGGAUGCCGUACCUAACGUUGUCGUAUGUCCAAUGUUAACCGCAACGAAUUACUCGGUGUGGGUUACGAGGAUGAAGGUGCUUCUCCGAAUACACAAGGUGUGGGAAACGAUUGAACCAGGGUCUGAUGAAGAAGACAAGAAUGACAUAGCGACUGCACUGCUAUUUCAAUCAAUUUCCGAAAGAAAGAUAUCAGAGCUUGCAUCACAAGCAACCUCAUUAGGUCAAAGUAUUGAAGAACCUAAGAUUGUGAAGAAGUUACUUAAUGGAUUACCUCGGAGGAAGUACAUUGACAUGGCUGUAUUAAAGGCUUAUGAAGAGCGCAUAAAAGAAGAAUCACCUCAAAAUCAACAAGGCGAUCUGUUAUUCUCGAACUCUGAGAACUCCUACGGUUCAAGUAAUUCUAGAGGAAGAGGGAGAGGAUAUGGUCGUGGUCAAGGAAAUAGGGGUAGAGGACGCGGGAAAAACAACUCAAGCGAGAGAAACAAAGAGAAAAAGGAUUACUCUCAAAUCGAGUGCUUUCACUGCCACAAGAAGGGUCACUUUGCCUCAGUUUGUCCCGAGAAGAAUGAUGAUCAGCAACUCAACAAAGCAGAAACGGAAGUAGCUGAUGCAGCGUUAUACAUGCAUGAAGUUGUGUUUUUGAAUGAAGAAAACGUGAUGCCGAAGAAACUUGAGCUGAACAAAACCAAUGAUGGUAACUGGUAUCUUGACAACGGUGCUAGUAAUCAUAUGACAGGAGAAAAGACCUUCUUCUCUGAACUCAAUGAAAGUAUCAAGGGAAGAGUUAAGUUUGGUGAUGGCUCAUGUGUAAAAAUCGAUGGCAAAGGCUCAAUUAUCUUUGAAGCAAAGAGGGGAGAACAAAAGCUUCUAACUGAUAUAUACUAUAUACCUGAGUUAAGAAGCAACAUCCUGAGCCUAGGCCAAGCAACGGAACAAGGCUGUGAUGUAAGAAUGAAAGAUAAUUAUCUGACUUUGAGAGAUCCACGCGGGAGGUUACUUGUAAAGGUCCUAAGAUCACCUAAUCGUCUCUACAAGAUAUCACUCAAGGUUGGAAAACCAAGUUGCCUUCUCACAAAGAUGAAUGAAGAACCGUGGAGAUGGCACGCACGCCUUGGCCAUAUCAACUUCAAAACGAUAAGAAGCAUGGCAACACAUGAGAUGGUUUGA